GCAGCAUGUUUUCUUGUGUUUUUGGCACAUGCUCUGCUUAGAAGGCCAACAUGAUGAACAAAGUUAGUAAGUAGGACUAGUAGUGCUAUCUAAUUGAGGUCUUGAGAAAGGAAAUCUUGUCCAACAUUUGGGGUUCCGUUGCUUUGGCCUUUCGUCAGUCACUUUGCUAAGGACAAUUGAUCCCACCUGUCAGUGAACGUAAGGGUUAAAGAAGAAAAACACCGUUGGGAACAUGGCUUCGCUACCCGCAAAUACUGGAACAGUGGGGGACUCCUCAUUGUGCUCUACCUCAUCCCAAUGUCCAUCAGAGGGAACAUCCAAUUCUCUGACGGAUUCUAGCCCACCGUCACUCUCAGAGCCUGUGCGGAAAUGUUUGGCCGCCUUGGCCAAGGCCGAAACAGACACCGAAAGAUUGGCUGCUUUAUUUUUGGUCCCAAAACUGGUUAAAGGUCAAGACUGUGACAAGCAAGCACGGCUUCACCUCAUGAAGAGCAUUGGCUAUUCGUUCCUAGCUAGAAUGCUACGGAGUAAAGAUUCACCCGAAGGAUGUCCAGGACUCAUGUACCAGUCAGUGGCUUUGGCCGUUUUGUCAUGUUUUACGGGUGAUGAGGAGAUCAUGACCAAUGCAUCGAUUCUCUUCAACCUCCCGAUUCUGCUGGAUAUUAUUAACGAUGCAGAUAACGAAAUCUAUGAGGAGAAUCUACUCGUCAUCAAUGAUGCGUAUGAAGUCAUCACGGCGAUUGUUUCCACUGAGCAAGGCCGAAACUCAUUCAUUAGCAACCGCGGGAUUCACACAUUGUGCGAUAUUAAUAUCCGGCAGAGCUUCCAGAGUGAAAAAGCUCUAACUCUUUUGCUGAGUCUUCUUAAACUCAGUGGAAGUGCGUGUUGGUCCUAUCAUCAAGGCACGCAGGAUUUUAACAAUCUCAUGACCAAAUUCUGCGAAGAGUUUUACAACAGUAAGAAUGAGGGCAAAUUCGAAUUAUGCCACACUUUGAGGACAAUCAUUCGCAGCUUUCCCAAAUCCAAUUACUGCGAAGAAGCUUGGUUACCGUACCUUCAGAGUGGUUUGCGCGACAUUCUCUUCAGUAAAAUCACCAAAGAGCAACGCGAUCCCGCACUCAUGCUCUUGGCAUCCGUGAUCGAAGUUUCAGAUUUCGAGUGGUGCAUCUGCGGAACCAAAGAAGUGAUUGCCAGCGGAAAAUUUGUGGCCAUGAUUCUCAACCUCUCUUUCAUUGAAGUCAUCAUGCAUUUGGAAGAAAAGAAACUGGAGGAUGUGGUUGGGGAUCUUGAUUUGGUUGUAUCUUGCUACUUUAUUAUUGAAAGUGGCGUGUCUUAUAUGGCAAAUGAGCGCUUGAGCAUGCUGGAUGAUCGACAAAAGGGUCAGUUAUAUUCGGCAAUGAAGAACGUGUUCUCUACGGUGCUGAAGUUCUUACACGAGGUAUCGUUAGACUUGAAGGAUAAUCCCACCGAGUUGGAUGAUAAUGACAACAAGGCCUUCAUUUGCGCCACCAUUCGGAUCUUGGCUUCCUGGUUGGCGGAAGAGACCACAGCUAGUCGAGACGAUGUGUGUGCCAUUCUACCUUUUAUCUUUACCCUCAGCAACGAGGCUUUUGAGGCGCAAAAAGUGCAAAAACUUCAAUCUCUUCCUGGGAAAUCUGGCUUCGGAAAACCACCAAUCCAAUCUGCUAAUGAAUUCGUCCCGGAUGUGUUAAGGUUUCUUCUACCCGCUCUUUGUCACUUGAUCGCCGAGGACAAAUCCCGACAAGUGCUUCUAACCAUCAACAUUCAUGAGCAAUUGUAUGCUUACUUGGUUUAUCAUUGGUCCAUUUUCGAGUGCUGCAAAGACUGGGUUCAACAACAGGACUCCGAUGGACCCGACAAAUCCUCCUCGGAGCCCACUUAUCUACUGGAUAACGCCAAAUUCGACACGGUGAACUCCAAGUUCGCGAUCUGUACGAUUUGCAACUCGCUCAUGAAUUUGGUGGUCCUGGAGCCGCACUUUGUGGACACCUCUCCCAUGUUCGGCUCACUUCUCAAAUUUCUCAUGAACGCUCUACCCACAUUGCAAAACUCAGGCGAGUAUUUGGUGCUCUAUGGAAACAUUUGUGUUCUUGGGCUUCUGAUCCUGAAGGAACAUUCCACAAGGCCAAGUUCGUCGGAUUUUGUGGUUUUCAAGUUCAUUCAAUGUGUAGUCAGAUUUCUGUGGGAUGCUCACAAUACGGACCAGUCCCCAGAUGGAUCCCAAUUGACUGUGUCCCAGGAAUAUAAGGACUCUUGGAACGAUGCCAGCGACCUUUGGUUUCUUGGUGUUCAAGUCACUUGCGCCCUUAUAGUUCAGAUUUCGUGGAUCAAGGAUUUUGUUGUGGAAUCGGGGUGGGCUCAAUCGGUCAUUGAAAACUUAGUGAACGUCAAAAGUCUGGAAGAACCUACUUUGAGUGCCUUCGAGGAUCUGUUGGUCAGUGUUGCGGUGGAAAAUAAGAGCUUCAUUGAGGAAAUGAAAACAUUAGGCGUCAUUCAAGUAUGCCAAAAUCUGAAAAUGCGAACUCUGGCUCAAUUGAUCUCCAAAGGCGGAAAACUCCCGAAAUCAUGACGAGAAUAAAAUGCACUUUGUAUAUUUCA